CUAGCUGCGACUGCGAUGCAAGCAUCGCACGCACCCAGCCAACACACACAGAGACACCAGCAGGGGAUCUGAGGCCGGCCGGCGCCGGACGGGGCACGUACCCGUACACGCAUGCAGCUUGCCAUGUCUCCGUCGUCGUCGCUACGCCGCACCGCGGCGGCCUUCGUCUUCGUCGCGCUCCUCGGCCUGGCGUCGUCGUCUCUGCUGCAGCUGCAAGCGGCCAGGACGACGCCGAGCGAUGGCCAGGGACGGCGUCUAGAACCGCGGCAGAAGCAGGAGGAGGAAGAAGUGCACGCAGCGACGACGACGAGUAGCAGUAGCAGGUCCGGAUCUACACCUGCGUCAGCGUCGGUGCAAGAAAGGCCGCCCCCGCUCGAGCUCGACCUUCUGCCGCCGCCGCCCACCAUCACUGUUGAGGAGGCAUCGUCGCCACCCCGCAGCCGCAUGCUGGGCUCGGUGCCCAGCCCCGGCGUCGGCCACUAGCUACCUCUCCUUCUCCGUCUUCCCACCUCCACGCCCCGUGCGCCGGCCCAUGUUCUUCCACCAUCGAUCGCCACACCUCGACCUCGUGCCAAGUACUGGUAGCGCAACCAUGCGAGCGCGCGCGUACUAUUAAUAUUGAUUAUACCCUCUGUAAUCUCAGUUCCAGAGUUCCUGCUUCAGUUUCAGAAAGAGAGAUCUCCUCACAAGCCAUGACGCGCACACACAUCACAUGCAUCAGCACCGGAGUUUCAGAUUCAUAUACAUGCUAAACUUGAAGUUUUUGGGUUAUACAUAUAUUGUCCAUUUAUUCAUGGCGCUUUCUGGUUGCUGUGUGGUGUGUGGAAUGUUGCGAAAAAAAAAACGAGUUCAAGCUCGUCGACGUUUCACGUGGGAUUCCCUUUAA